AAGAGGCGGAGUGAGCAGGACUCUGCUCGCUGCUCCUCCCCUCCCCUCACUUCACUCGCUCUCUGCCUUCCACACGCACCACAACCUCCGGCGGCGGAGCGUGUUCUGGCUCUCCGCUUUUCGCCUUUUUUUCCGCCACACUCGCGGGGGAUAUAAGCGCCCGCCUGUCCGGUGACGUGCCUCCUCCCCCCCCCCCAGCAUGCUCACACCAGAGGCGGCGUCGGAUCUAGCUGCCCCCGCAGUUUAGCCACAUCUCACCCCGCGUCGCCGAGGACCAUCACCGGCCGCCUUCUCCCACCACCAUGGGGUUCUACGGCACUUUGAAGAUGAUUUUCUACAAAAUGAAGAGAAAGUUGGACCAUGGCCCCGAGGUCCGGUCUUUCCCUUCCGGAAAAAAGCCCUGCAAAGGUCCCGAGUACCCAAGCCCGACAGGAAUCAUCCCUUGCCCGGCCACGCCCACCACAUUCGGCCACAUCAGGGCCGCCAACGGUCAGGGCCAGCAGAGGCGGCCCAUCACCUCCAUCCAGCCGCCCACAAAUCUCCAGGAAUGGCUGCGAACGUUCCAGAGCUGGACGGGGCCCGAGAAGCUGCUGGCGCUGGACGAGCUGAUUGACAGCUGCGAGCCCACGCAGGUCAAGCAUAUGAUGCAGGUCAUCGAGCCGCAGUUCCAGCGCGACUUCAUCUCCCUGCUGCCCAAAGAGCUGGCUUUGUAUGUACUGUCCUUCCUGGAGCCCAAGGACCUCCUCCAGGCUGCCCAGACGUGUCGCUACUGGCGCAUCCUGGCAGAAGACAACCUGCUGUGGAGGGAAAAAUGCAGGGAAGAAGGCAUCGAUGAGCCUCUGCCCCUCAAGAAGAGGAAAAUCGUCAAGCCGGGCUUCACCCACAGCCCCUGGAAGAGUGCCUACAUCAGGCAGCACAGAAUAGACACUAACUGGCGGAGAGGAGACCUCAAAUCACCCAAGGUGCUGAAAGGUCACGACGACCACGUGAUCACCUGCCUCCAAUUUUGUGGCAAUCGCAUUGUCAGCGGCUCCGAUGACAACACGCUUAAAGUCUGGUCGGCGAUCACAGGAAAGUGUCUGCGUACGUUGGUGGGCCACACGGGCGGCGUGUGGUCGUCCCAGAUGCGUGACAGCAUCAUCAUCAGCGGCUCCACCGACCGCACACUCAAGGUCUGGAAUGCAGAGACAGGAGAAUGUAUCCACACCCUCUACGGGCAUACCUCAACCGUGCGCUGCAUGCACCUACACGAGAAAAGGGUGGUCAGUGGCUCCCGGGACGCCACCCUUCGCGUGUGGGACAUCGAGACAGGCCAGUGUUUACACGUCCUCAUGGGCCACGUGGCAGCCGUGCGCUGCGUCCAGUAUGACGGCCGGCGCGUGGUCAGCGGUGCCUACGACUUCAUGGUCAAAGUCUGGGACCCCGAGACGGAGACCUGCCUCCACACGCUGCAGGGCCACACCAACAGAGUGUACUCGCUACAGUUUGAUGGGAUCCACGUGGUGAGCGGCUCCCUGGACACGUCCAUCCGGGUGUGGGACGUGGAGACGGGCAACUGCAUCCACACGCUGACAGGACACCAGUCUCUCACCAGCGGCAUGGAGCUGAAAGACAACAUCCUGGUCUCGGGCAACGCAGACUCCACCGUCAAGAUCUGGGACAUCAAGACCGGACAGUGUCUGCAGACGCUGCAAGGUCCGCACAAGCACCAGAGCGCCGUCACGUGCCUGCAGUUCAACAAGAACUUUGUGAUCACGAGCUCGGACGACGGCACGGUCAAACUGUGGGACCUGAAGACGGGCGAGUUCAUCCGCAACCUGGUGACGCUGGAGAGCGGCGGCAGCGGCGGCGUGGUGUGGCGCAUCCGGGCCUCCAACACCAAGCUGGUGUGCGCCGUGGGCAGCCGCAACGGCACCGAGGAGACCAAGCUGCUGGUGCUGGACUUUGACGUGGACAUGAAGUGAGGGCGCCGCACCCCGCUGGUGGAGGCGGGGCUGAGGUGAGGCCACACCCACACGCGGGGCGGGGGCGGGGCUUGGAGGAUUGAUGUACAGAGAGAUAUUAUUUUUGGAAGACACUUAAGGCCCGCCCACUCACGCCACGGGGGAGGAGUUUCAAGUUUGCUGUCGUUCCCUUCUUGACACCGCUGUGAAUUGGCGUCACGUACAAAAGGUUCCCCGGUUUGUUUCACGUCCCAGUAUUAGAACCCUCGUCCCGUCUUCUCGAGACUCCGCCUCCACGAGCCGCCCCGCCGGUUUGCGCCGACUCGACACUUCCAGCCCCUCCCCCCACCCCCCGUGGCCAAACUGUAUCAAUGCUGCUAGACCAAGAGGCGUGGGGACGCAAAGAGUUGCCGUGACGUUUUAGUCCCAGGCCAAAUUCCAAACAAGAAAAAAAAAAAAAAAAAAAAGAUAACAUCGUACAGUUUUGUUGUUUUUUUGCCACUGAAACUUGAGCCAAACGUGCCUCUAGGAGGCGGAGAGAGAGAGAGGUCAGAGGUCGGCAGGGGACGGACACGGUGCAUGAGUGUUAAAGGAGGCGUGCCCCGUUCAAAGAUGUCCCACCACACGGACUUCAAAGUGUUGCUGGACUAAAAGAAAAAGGGACACCUUUGUAGCCAAACUGUGGGCCAGUCCCAUGAUGAAGUGUGAAAGUGGUUCAACACUGUAUAGAAAACAACAAUCGUUAAUUUAUCGUCUGGUUGGACCAAUCAGAUUUGGGUUUUUGUUCCUGUAAAGAAAAAGCAAAAGAGGACUCGGCAGACAAGAAAAAAAAACCUUAAAGGGAUCGUGUCUUUGUUUCAUUCACUUAGAAUUUUAUUUUCUUAUAACUUAAAGUGCAAUAAAAUGUGGGUUUUGUUUUUUUCUUUUGUUCAUUUCAAGCAAAUCCGUUGUCUGUUUUGUUACUCGUGUGAAGGAAUCUUCUCUGUUGAAUAAAGCAAAUUAUUUGGGU